AUGCCAAAGGAACAAGGCUCUAUCGGACUAAGGUCUCGUGCUGCUAGAUCUAGCGCUAGUACUUCAAAAGACGUGCCUGAGGAGCGAACAGCAAAAACUAAUUCUUCGAAAUCUACAAAGGUCAAUGCAAGUUCUACUCGCUCAGGAAUAGCUUUUAUUGCCUUUUUGAUUGUGCGUUUAACUGCAGCUUUUUUUUCUAACAUAGCUGAUUGUGAUGAAGUAUUCAAUUAUUGGGAGCCAACGCACUAUUUACAGUAUGGAUACGGAAUGCAAACAUGGGAGUAUUCUCCGGAAUAUGCUAUAAGAAGUUGGGCAUAUAUUAAAUUACACGCAAUAAUUGGUGGAAUAUUCGACUUCGUUUUCAAUCACGAUAAGAUCAAGGUCUUUUAUGCUAUACGUGCGACCUUCGCUGUAGUAUGUGCAUUAUCCGAAUCGAUGUUUUACAUCGCUGCGUCAAGUCAUUUGGGGCCACGUGUUGGACGUUAUUUGAUAAUCGCAAUGCUUUUUAGCGCAGGAAUGUGGAAUGCAUCUACUGCAUAUCUUCCUUCCACGUUCACGAUGUACACAACUAUGGUAGCUUUCUUUUAUGCACUUAUGCCAGUUUCAACGACUUCUGGGCGCAGAGUUCAUCGAACUAUUUUUUGGGUUGGCCUAGGAUCACUUUUAGGAUGGCCUUUUAGUGCUGCUGUGGGGAUUCCUGCUGCAUUUGAAGAACUAGUGCUUCGAAAUGCUUUAAAGAAGCCAUUUGAGAGAAUUCGACGCUUGAUUUCCGGAGUUAUUACUUCCUUAUGUAUAAUACUGAUUCCACUCGCAUUGGCAGAUUACUAUUUUUAUAAAAAACUCAACAUAGUUCCGUGGAACAUUAUUGCAUACAAUGUUUUUGGUGGAAAAGAUCGUGGCCCUGAUAUUUAUGGUACUGAACCUUGGCAUUUUUACAUUAUAAAUGGCCUCUUGAAUUUUAACAUCAUGUUUAUAAUGGCUCUCAUUAGUUUACCUGGCUUGCUAGUAACUGUUUUAGUCGACAAGCAACGUAUUUCCUCUUCACCGACAGCUGGUUCUGUUUAUGCCUAUUCUUACCUUUCUUUCAGACUUGUGCCUUUUUAUGUGUGGCUUCUCGUCUUUAUCGCGCAACCUCAUAAGGAAGAAAGAUUUUUGUUUGUUAUCUAUCCUUUGGUGUGUCUAAACGCCGCCGUUGCAAUAUUUUUAGUCAGAGGAUGGGUUGAUAAAUUUCUUUUAGCUUUAUCAAAAAAUAUUCCAUAUGGUAUUAAUCGGCGGUGUUAUUUAAAACUUUUUACACUCAUCAUCUUUUUUAUUUCUGGUGUAACUUCUAUUUCUCGUGUUCUUGCACUUUGUUUUCAUUAUAAUGCACCGAUGACGAUUUACAGACAUUUUUAUUAUGUUGAAAUUCCCCAACAAGUCGAAACUCAUAAGCUUCAAUUGAACCUCAACAAUCCAAUAAAUCUCUGUAUUGGAAAGGAAUGGUAUCGUUUUCCUAGUCACUAUUUCUUACCAGAUGGCGUUAGGCUGAGAUUUUUGAAGUCAGAUUUCA